AUGCAUUGUAUAAAAGGGUUGUCCAAAGAUGACAUCCAGAAUUGGUGGUUUGCUCACCUGAAGUUACCUGUGAUAAGUGUCAACAAUGCUCACCUUGACCUUCUUAGAAAUGACUAUGCUGGUUUGCUCCAAACCCAACUCACUAUUGUUGUCACUGCAAAGAAUGGGAAUGCCAGGGCUCAUGCAACCUUCACCGACAUCAACUUCAACAUCAGCUACCAAGGGCAGGACAUAACUGUUCUUGUUGCAGACCCUUUUGAGGUGCCAAAGAACAGCUCAGAGGACCUCGGCUACGUUGUUCAGUCAUCAUCCAUACCCUUGAGACUUGAUCAGAUGGAGCAAGUGGAUAAUGCAUGGAAAAAGAAUGAGAUUGAGUUUUGCACAUAUUUUCUCUCAAAGAAUGAGAUUGAGUUUUGCACAUAUUUUCUCCCCUUUCUGUAG